AUGGAGAUCGCCCGCACCUUAUUGACUCACGCCCGUGCCCCCCAUUUUCUGUGGCCCUACGCGGUUCGGUACGCUGCUCACCAGCUGAACCUCUGGCCGCGUGUCUCUCGGCCAGAGGUUUUACCGACCGGUCUUUGGACUAGGUCCCCUGGUGUUGCGUCGCGGUUUCAUGUCUGGGGUUGCUUGGCUCUUGUUCGCGACACCUCCGCGGACAAGCUCUCGCCUCGCGCCGUUCCAUGUGUCUUCUUCGGUUUCCCUGAGGAGUCCUCUGACUUCACCUUUUACUACCCUCCCUCUCACCGGUUCUUCGGCUCCCGUUACGUCCGUUUCGAGGAGUUCGUCCCCUACUACGUCAGGUACCCCUGUCGAGACGGCGGAAUCCUACUGCAAUAUGACCGCACCAUCCGAGCGGAGCUGCUGACCAUUGGACAGGAGGUCCACAUGGCCACGUUUGCCGCCCACGUGCUAAAGGGCCUACCACUGGAUUACGGAUUUCUUCGCCGCAAGCUCGAUAUUUCCAGCCCUGACAUGAUGGUGGAACGCGUGUGCAGCGAGGUGUUGAUCGAGGAGCAGACUCUAUCCAUCGAGCAGAGUUACAGGCAGAUCACCAGCGAUGCAUCUGCUAUUGCGGGCGCUGUCAACACCAUCGUGGCUACAACGGGGGUCAACGGGAAGGAAGGAAAAGGGGGACGGGAGCAGACGGACAAGAAGAAGGACGGCAAGUGGGAGAAGAAGCGAGCCCCCUUGAAGGGGCGCUGCUACAACUGCAAUGAGGAGGGGCACAUGGCUGCCAAGUGCCCCAACAAGAAGAAAGAUACAACGUCUGUGGCAGCCGCGAACGUAGCUGAAGGAGACGGGAAGGGCGUGUCGCUCACUGUCGCGUGUUCGGCUGCUAAGUUGCUGGCCGACAACAAGGACUUGUGGUUUCUUGACUCACGAUGCUCCCAACACAUGACCGACCGCAAGGAGUGGUUCACGGUGAUCCGUGACCCAUCUGCAACGAAAUCGGUCAAAGGGUUUGAUGGUUCUAUGCAGAAUGUUGCCGGUGCUGGUGAGGUUUUGCUGGAGGGCACUAACGGCUUGCAUGUGACCCUACAUGAUGUCCUGUUUGUGCCAGGAAUGAAGGCCAACUUGGUCUCCCAUGGGCAGCUCUUGGAUAAGGGAGCAAAGCUGCAAACCGAGGAAGGUGUCACUCGCAUCAUCGCAUCAGGAGGUCAAGUGGCUGCAACGGCACGAUACCGCCAUCGCCUUCACUACCUUGACCUGAAACCGGGGCCAGCAAGGAACGGUGCAACGGCUGCAGCAGCAUGCAACGGCACGGCGGCUGAAGCGGCAUGCACCAAUAUGGCGGGUGGAGCGGCGAGCAACGGCACAGGGGCUGCAACAGCAUGCAACGGCACGGCGGCUGCAGUGGCAUGCACCAAUUUGGCGGGUGGAGCGGCGAGCAACGGCACGACGGCUGCAGCGGCAUGCAACGGCAGGGCGGCUGCGGCGGCAUGCAACGGUAGGGCGGCUGCGGCGGCAUGCAAAGGCACGGUGGUUGCAGCAAUAUGCAACAAUACAGCAGCUACAGCGGCAUGCAAUGGCACGGCGGCUGAGGUGGCAGGCAAUGGUAUGCCUAAGAUAUUUGCUGAGGUGGUGUCAAGCGCGCUGGAAGAGAAUGACGAAGCGGCCAGCCUCACAACAUAUGCGGUGGGGAUCGAGGCGAUGCUCAACCUGCGACACACUCACCUUGAGAAUGACCAUGCUGGUGCGGUGCAGUGGACAGCCACAGACAGUGUCAUGCUAGGCAUGGACGUAGAGAAAGGAGGGGAGGACACGUUGAGCGCCUCCUCCCAAGAAGCCAAACUCACUCGUCAAACGCUUCCGCUGCCUGACGUGCGAGAGGGGGAGGUUCUUGGGAUGGUCCAUGGCCCUGAGCAGAAUCAGCCGCCGUCACGUACCGUCAUCAUAAUCCCAGUGCCGUCCAUGCAAGGGGGCGAUCAAUCGUUUGAUCGUUUGGUUGACCCUUUGGGCAGCAAUGCAACCAUGGCACCGCCAGCUCUCUGCCCAUCCUUAGCAGCUGGCUUGGCACCUCUGGGACCAGAGGUUGGCCCCUCUGCAUAUGAACGUCGUGCAGCUAAUGAAGACAAGGAAGGAGAGGCAGCGGACCUGAAAUCGGCGGCAACUCAUGGGAAGGACCCCAUACCCACGGUUCCGCCCCUCUAG